UGGCGGAGUCGGAGGGCGCGUGGAGAUGAGGCUCCGCAUCCCGCAUCGGUCAGACCGAAUAGGGGCCACUGUGGGGUCGUGCAGGGCGGAGACGCUGAGGAGCUGUCAACAUCGAUUUUUAACCUGUUUGCUCAAGUGGAGCCAUCGGAAGCCCAAACCCACAGGCAGCCUGAGGCAGAGUUUCGCCGGACUUUCACUCAGCACCCGGAUCUAUGUCUAAGUUUUAACUCUUGCUUACAAAGACCACGAUAAUUCCUUCCCUGAAGCCAAGCAGCCCCCCAGCCCCGUGCAGCCCCAGCCUGCCUCCCACCGCCCAGCUGCCCGCAAUGCCCUCCAGCGGCCCCGGGGACACCAGCAGCUCCGCUCCAGAGCGGGAGGAGGACCGCAAGGAGGGAGAGGAGCAGGAGGAGGCACGUGGCAAGGAGGAGCGGCAAGAGCCCAGCACAACUGCACGGAAGGUGGGGCGGCCUGGGAGGAAGCGCAAGCACCCCCUGGUGGAAAGCAGUGACACGCCGAAGGACCCUGCGGUGACCUCCAAGUCCCCAUCCAUGGCCCAGGACUCUGGCCCCGCAGAGCUGUUACCCAAUGGGGACUUGGAGAAGCGGAGUGAGCCUCAGCCAGAGGAGGGGAGCCCUGCUGGGGGUCAGAAGGGCGGGGCCCCAGCAGAGGGAGAGGGUGCAGCCGAGACCCCACCUGAAGCCUCCAGAGCCGUGGAGAAUGGCUGCUGCACCCCCAAGGAUGGCCGAGGAGCCCCCGCGGAAGAGGGCAAAGAACAGAAGGAGACCAACAUCGAGUCCAUGAAAAUGGAGGGCUCCCGGGGCCGGCUUCGGGGUGGCUUGGGCUGGGAGUCCAGCCUCCGCCAGCGGCCCAUGCCGCGGCUCACCUUCCAGGCGGGGGACCCCUACUACAUCAGCAAGCGCAAGCGGGACGAGUGGCUGGCACGCUGGAAAAGGGAGGCUGAGAAGAAAGCUAAGGUGAUUGCAGUAAUGAAUGCUGUGGAAGAAAACCAGGGGUCUGGCGAGUCUCAGAAAGUGGAGGAGGCCAGCCCUCCUGCAGUGCAGCAGCCCACCGACCCUGCAUCCCCCACUGUGGCCACCACUCCUGAGCCCGUGGGGGCCGAUGCUGGGGACAAGAACGCCACCAAAGCAGCCGAUGACGAACCGGAGUACGAGGACGGCCGGGGCUUUGGCAUUGGGGAGCUGGUGUGGGGGAAACUGCGGGGCUUCUCCUGGUGGCCAGGCCGCAUUGUGUCUUGGUGGAUGACCGGCCGGAGUCGAGCAGCUGAAGGCACCCGCUGGGUCAUGUGGUUCGGAGACGGCAAGUUCUCAGUGGUGUGUGUUGAGAAGCUGAUGCCGCUGAGCUCCUUUUGCAGUGCUUUCCACCAGGCCACCUACAAUAAGCAGCCCAUGUACCGCAAAGCCAUCUACGAAGUCCUGCAGGUGGCCAGCAGCCGAGCGGGGAAGCUGUUCCCAGCGUGCCAUGACAGCGACGAGAGCGACACUGCCAAGGCCGUGGAGGUGCAGAACAAACAGAUGAUCGAGUGGGCCCUCGGGGGCUUCCAGCCCUCUGGCCCCAAGGGCCUGGAGCCACCAGAAGAGGAGAAGAAUCCCUACAAAGAAGUUUACACAGACAUGUGGGUUGAACCUGAGGCAGCUGCCUAUGCACCCCCUCCACCAGCCAAAAAGCCCCGAAAGAGCACAACUGAGAAGCCCAAGGUCAAGGAGAUUAUUGAUGAACGCACGAGAGAGCGGCUGGUGUACGAGGUGCGGCAGAAGUGCCGGAACAUCGAGGACAUUUGCAUCUCUUGUGGGAGCCUCAAUGUCACCCUGGAACACCCUCUCUUCGUUGGAGGAAUGUGCCAAAACUGCAAGAACUGCUUCCUGGAGUGUGCUUACCAGUACGAUGACGACGGCUAUCAGUCCUACUGCACCAUCUGCUGUGGGGGCCGCGAGGUGCUCAUGUGCGGGAACAACAACUGCUGCAGGUGCUUUUGCGUGGAGUGUGUAGAUCUCUUGGUGGGGCCAGGGGCUGCCCAGGCAGCCAUUAAGGAAGACCCCUGGAACUGCUACAUGUGUGGGCACAAGGGCACCUAUGGGCUGCUGCGGCGGCGGGACGACUGGCCCUCUCGGCUCCAGAUGUUCUUCGCCAAUAACCACGACCAGGAAUUUGACCCUCCAAAGGUUUACCCGCCUGUCCCAGCUGAGAAGAGGAAGCCCAUCCGGGUGCUGUCUCUAUUUGAUGGGAUUGCUACAGGGCUGCUGGUGCUGAAGGACCUGGGCAUUCAGGUGGACCGCUACAUCGCCUCGGAGGUGUGUGAAGACUCCAUCACGGUGGGCAUGGUGCGGCACCAAGGGAAGAUCAUGUACGUCGGGGACGUCCGCAGCGUCACGCAGAAGCAUAUCCAGGAGUGGGGCCCAUUCGAUCUGGUGAUUGGGGGCAGUCCGUGCAAUGAUCUCUCCAUCGUCAACCCUGCCCGCAAGGGACUCUACGACAGCCCAGCUGACGGCUUUCUCUUCCGCCUCUCAGAGGGCACUGGCCGGCUCUUCUUUGAGUUCUACCGCCUCCUGCAUGAUGCGCGGCCCAAGGAGGGAGAUGAUCGCCCCUUCUUCUGGCUCUUUGAGAAUGUGGUGGCCAUGGGCGUUAGUGACAAGAGGGACAUCUCGCGAUUUCUUGAGUCCAACCCUGUGAUGAUUGAUGCCAAAGAAGUGUCAGCUGCACACAGGGCCCGCUACUUCUGGGGGAACCUUCCUGGUAUGAACAGGCCGUUGGCAUCUACUGUGAAUGAUAAGCUGGAGCUGCAGGAGUGUCUGGAGCAUGGCAGAAUAGCCAAGUUCAGCAAAGUGAGGACCAUUACUACUAGGUCGAACUCCAUAAAGCAGGGCAAAGACCAGCAUUUCCCCGUCUUCAUGAAUGAGAAAGAGGACAUCUUAUGGUGCACUGAAAUGGAAAGGGUGUUUGGCUUCCCUGUCCACUAUACCGACGUUUCCAACAUGAGCCGCUUGGCGAGGCAGAGACUGCUGGGCCGGUCGUGGAGCGUCCCGGUCAUCCGCCACCUCUUCGCUCCGCUGAAGGAAUAUUUUGCUUGUGUGUAAGGGACGUGAGGGCCAACUGAGGUAGUGACAUAAAGUUAAACAAACAAAAAACACAAAACACAAUAAAACACCAAGAACGUGAGGAUGGAGAGAAGUAUCAGCACCCAGAAGAGAAAAAGGAAUUUAAAACAAAAACCACAGAAGCGGAAACACCGGAGGGCUUUGCCUUGCAAAAAAGGGUUGGACAUCAUCUCCUGAUUUUUCAAUGUUAAUCUUCAGUCCUAUUUAAAAACAAAACCAAGCUCCCUCCCUCCCCCCUUUUUAUUUUUGGUCAAACCUUUUGUUUUCUCUUUUCAGAGGGGUUUUCUGUUUGUUUGGGUUUUUGUUUCUUGCUGUGACUGAAACAAGAGGGUUUAUUGCAGCAAAAAAUCAAUAACAAAAAAUAGUAACAAUACCUUGCAGAGGAAAGAUGGGAGAGACAGAAAAAAGGAAAUUCUAUAGAAAUCUAUAUAUUGGUAUUGGAUUUUUUUUUUUUUAAACUAUAUAUAUAUAUUUUUGUUGUUGUCUCUAGCCUGAUCAGAUAGGAGCACAAGCAGGAGACAGAAAACAGAGACGCUCAGGCGGCAGAAUUCCCUCCCAGCCACUGAGCUGUCUUGCCAGCACCAUUCCUGGUCAUGCAAAACAGAACCCAGCUAGCAGCAGGGAGACGAGAACACCACACAAGACCCUUUUAUACAGUAUUUCAGGUGCCUACUACACAGGAAACCUUGAAGAAAACCAGUUUCUAGAAGCCGCUGUUACCUCUUGUUUACAGUUUAUAUAUAUGAUAGAUAUGAGCUAUAUAUAUAAAAGGUACUGUUAACUACUGUACAACCUGACUUCAUAAUGGUGCUUUCAAACAGCGAGAUGAGUAAAAACAUCAGCUUCCACAUUGCCUUAUGCGCAAAGGGUUUUAACCAAGGAUGGAGAGAGGGAGCUGGCUUGAAGGUGAAUCACGAUCGAGGUGGGUUUUGCCCCCUUGUGUUAGAUGAGGCGAAGGAGGAGAAUUUGGGAACAGCGUUUUCCCGCUGCUCCCUGCCAAAAAAGGGGGGCGGGGGCUGUGGGUGAGAUGAGGUGGUCGGGACCGUGGAAAGCUGAGAGUGGAAUUCAUCCAGACUCACGCAAUAACCUUUUGAUUUUUUUCAAAAAGGAGACUCCCUCAGCAAGAUGGCAGGAUAAGGGGUCUUCAUUCCCAGUUUCUCACAUUAGCCGAUUCGAGGGCUCCUCGUGGUGGGAUCAGAAAUAAUCCAGAGUGUGGGAAAGUGACAGUUAAAAACCCCACCUGGAGCAAAUAAAAAAACAUACAAAACGUACUGGUGCUUUCCUGUCUAAAGUCGCCUUUUGUGUGUUCUUUUAUGAGGCCCCACCAUCCACCCUCUGUGCACAAGGCGGCUUCCGCCCCUGGAAUGUGAUGUUUUUGGUCAUCUCCAAAGGCUGCAGUUUUAUACUGGGAGGCUGAUGACACCUUUUGUUAUAAUUAUUCUUAUGGUUCUGGUUAUAAUUAUGUUUGUUUUCAGAUUUUCUUUAAGAAAACAAAAACCCACCCCCACCCCCCUUUCCCUUUAGGUUUCAAACCAAGGUGCGGGGAGCAGGGUGCUUCUAAGUUAGUGGUGGCCCUGGUGCCCUGGCUCCCCACCCCUCGGGCCAGGUGGGCCACCAGGUGUAACAGCUGGGCGGCCGGGGAGCCCCCGGGCCAGCCUUCCGGCAUGUCCCUCUUCUACUUCCCUCUUCUCUUCUGCUUCCCUUCCUCUCAAGUCACGUGUGUCAGGGCUGGAGGGAGGACCAGGCCGUCUCUCUCCUCGUGUGUGUGAUUGGAGUGGUGUGUAUUUCUUUUCUAGUGCUUGGUCUGAUGAUAGCUGUGCUCUUACCUCGAGUCAGCAGCACCUGGAGCCCCAAGUGCGCAACACUUGGUUCCACUUCCUACCGAGGCAGGCAGCCUGGCGUUGGCGGUAGGCGGAGACGGCAUUGGCGGCUCCAGGGUGAGGGCCCAAUGGGCAGAUGCUUGCCUGGAUAGAUGGGGUGUAGAUAUGUGGCAUAUAGAGAUAUAUAUUUUAUAAUGGGAGGGGGGAUGGCACCUCCUGGGACCGGCAGGGCUGGGAGGUGUGCUCUCAAGCACAUGGUCCCAAGUUCGCAUCCCUAGAAAGAUAGGGCCUAUGGUGAUAGGCGCUAUAUAAAUACAUAGAUAGGGUCAUGUAUAAGAAAUAUUAUGUAGUGGGGAGCGGGGGAAGGGGGCUCAGGAUGCUGAGCCUCGGGUCCCACUGCAGACAUAAGCCCCACACCAAUCAAACAAUCCCACACGCAUACACAGGAACGAAUUUCUACCCCGAUGCAUAAUGAAUGCACUCGCACGCAGCCAGGGAGCACCCCGCACGACUCUCCCCAGGAUUCAGGACUUUGUGGAGUCGGCCCUGCAGCUCUUUACCUCUGUUGCCCUGAUUGCAGGUAGACUGUCAAUCCCAGAAGUUGCUAGGUGCUGAAGGCAGGAAAAGGAGGAGGUUUUAUUUUAGCAGGUGCUCUCCUCUAGCAGGUAGCGUUCUCUCUCUUUUGCCCCUGGUGAUGUCAAAAGAUUCUUCUGUUAGCAACCUGUGAUACUGACCUGCAACUCUAGGCACCAGUAAAGUCAGCCCUCGACUCCCCCUACCUAUUCUCCCCCUACCAAAAUAAAAUUGACAUCCAGGUCUGUUCUUGGCCAAGGGGCUUCCAUUCAAAAACAAGAAAAUGGGACAGUGAACCUCAUGUUUUGAAUAAAGCAAAUUAGUAAUUGGUGACAAAAUUAAACUAAGGCUUUGAAUCCCUUGCUCAUUGCUCAGGAGUAAGCUUACAGCCGGUGGCCAGCCUCCCGCUCUUCUUAGGGGUGCUCAGUUCUGGACCCUAAUCUACUCAUUUCCUUGUCAGAUUGGCUGUGAAGAUCACACCCAGUUGCUUCCUGCCAGCUCCGUAACAUGGUGGCAGUGGUGAUGGUGGACCCCCAGGGAGCUGGAGUGGCUAGGAGAGGGGGGAUACCUCUGCCCCUCCCUCUCUGGAGUCCCUGUACCUGACUGUGGUGCUCGCCCCGUCCCCUCCUCCAGCUAGGCUCCAUCUCCCUGGCCUGGAGUCCACCACCACCACUCCAGGAAGGCUGGGGGGAGGAGGGCUGCUUCAGGCAGUCCAAGGUGCUCCCUCCCCCGCUGGCCAGUGCUAAGGUCUUCCCAGCCCGCCCCCUGCCCUGCAGUGUUGGGACAGUCCAGGCCUUCCUCUGCAGACCUUCAGUUCUCGGGUUCUCCUAAGUCUUGUCCGCUGCUUAUGUGAAGGAGUUUGCCUUUCCCAAUGGCCCAAGCUCCACCCAAGGGGUGGUGUGGGGAGGAAACUUGGUAGCCAAGGACGUGGCAAGUCAGGAUGCGUGUGGGCCGGCAGCUUGCUCAGAGGAGGUUCGUUGUGACUGAUCCUUAAAGAGACCUUGUUUUUCCGGGCCCAGAAGCCUGGCCAGGUGUCCCUCAAAGGGAUGAGUUAAUGAUCACCAGCUUCGCUGCCAGCCGACCUGUGGGCUCAGUCCCACAGAACUUGGUAGGGCGCAGGGGACCUUGGGAAUGUGUCAGUUUGGCCAUUCCGGGAUGCUCUUAAUCCACCUCUAAUCCUGGGGCACUUCUGGGGACAAAUGCUGGGUCACCUUCUAAAGGGAACUGUGCUCUGACAGGCUGUGGCAGGGCCGUUCGAGAGUGAAGGUGGGGAUUGUUUCGCUGGCUGUGGAUGAAGCUGUGGUCAGAGGCCAUGGAGCAGGAGGAACUAAAAAGGCCCAGGGAACAUUCUGGAGAGUAUUCCUGGUAGGAUUUUCUUCCUGGAGAGCAGGCCUAUUUGCCCCUGGAAACGAGGCUUCUAGGGACUGAGGAUGAUGCCUCCCUACUUACUGCAGGUGCUAAGUGGACUGUGGUGCCAAAGAGGUCUGUGGCUCUUGUCUGCGGGAGGUUGCUGGGGGACACAGGGACCCUUGGUUGUGCCAGGGACACAGCCUUGGUUGCCGGCCCGAGAAGAAGCUAGUCUCCAGCAGGCAGCUGCUGAGCCCCGUGAGCCUCAAGCUGGCUGGUGCUAACCCCUUCCCUGCGGGACGGGCUGGAAAACAGUAAGCCAGGGGAGCAGUAGCUGAGGAUUGGGUGGGGGGCGGGGUCUUGCAUAUGGCAGAUGACGUUAGUGUGUUACUAUCUGUUUUUCUCUCUGGACCCCAGAACCUUUCUCACAUCCUGUGAGAAAUCCCCAGAAGAGCAUCCAGGACCUCUUCGCUUUGGGGACAGGCCUGAGAGUGGUUGGCUGGUGAUGUCCGUGUGAGUUUUGGGGGGUUGCUACAGUAGACCCAGCGGGAAGGAAGACUGUUGGACAUUGAACUGGUCUAACAAGGGCUGGCUCCCCACUCUUCCCGCUUAGCUGGCAAUUCUGGGGGAGCCUAGAUGGGAAUGGCCCACCAUCUCUACCACAGGAAGGUCUGUAAUAGAAGGAAGGGAAGGAAUGAUUCAGUGGAGCCAUCUGGGAGAUGUUCUACAGGAAAUCUGUAAUCCGUAGUCUUCACGUCUUUAUAUAUCAGUAUAUAUAGAGUGGAUCCCGGAGGCGGUUUUGAAUGCCUGUUGCUGUCCUGCUUGGUGCAGAGUUGCUGUGGCACUGGUGUUUUCAGAGAUGUCAUUUUCAGGAAACUUGCAGGAGCCCCCUUGAGCUGUGGGUGAGGGCCGUGGGGCCUGCCUAGCACUGAGGUCAGAAGAGGGCUGGCUGUUUGCUUUGGUCAGGGGAACGGCAGAGCCAAGAUUCCAGUGAGAACUGUUUCUAGCCAGGCUGUUUUGAUCCAGGAGGUGAGGAAUCUGAAUUUGUCAUCUGCCAUCGGCUAUCGUCCCCAGGCCUUAGUUGUCCUGCCCUCUGGCAGAAAGCAGGUGAAGCCUCUCACCUACCACAGGAUGGGAAAGGUGUGGGGGGCUGGCCUGGAGCUAGCUUGGCCCUCUCACUCAUCCCCUGCCCAGGCGGGGGAUUAACAACAAGAAUUUGGAGCAUCUGGGGAGAAAGAGCACAGAUUAAAGGAUUGACUCCAUUGUCCUAGCAGAAGCUCUCAAAUCUUUACGUUUUGGUAAAGGAAGGCCGGGGUCUUCUGGAAGCGAGGGCAGCCGUCCUGUGCCCGUGUAUUGCUGAGGCGGCCUUGGGUUGGUGACCUCUUGCUUGUCGUUGACCCUAGGCAGUAGACUUUGGGGGAGGGAGGCAUAGCAGGUCAAAAUCAGGACAAGGAUGGAAGAUCUCUCUGCUAGUCAUGCCUGGCUGAAUUGCCCGAACGGAGGCCCACAGACUCCUGUAACUGGAAAACUCCCCCAGUGAGGGGUGCGGGAGGGUGGCUUUCUCAAACUCCAGUCUGGUGGCCUCCAGCACUGCGUGCCUGAGGAGAUGAGCAAGGAUCAAAGCCUCACCUGAGUCCCAUUUCACUUCACAGACUGAUUUGGUUGCACAGCCCUAGAAUUCAACAAAUAACAACAACAACAA